AAGGAUUUUAGUUUUUUAUUAAGUAAAAAACACUGAGAAAAAUUAAUUGUUUUAUACAAGAAGAGGUAAUAGUAUAGAGUACAUAAUAAAAUAAAGAGAAACUGUAGAUGUGGAUUGCGUAUGUGUCGCAGUUAACGGAGGUUAUGGCUUUAUUACUUUACUCCUGUGUACAAAUUUAUGGCGAGUAUGAUUAGAACAUUCACUGUAUUGUGUUCUGUUGUCCGUCUUGUUUGGAUAUCUAUUGCAUAGUAUUUGUGAAAAUUAAAAAUUGUAUUAUCCGAUAAAAAUCCGUUUAAAAUGCACACCAAAAAUAAAAGACAGCUAAACGAAUGUACACUGUACGGUAAGGUAAUGAAAAAUGAAAUCAGUAUGGAUACAAAUGACAAACUAAAUACAGAUACUGAUGAUUACUGCCAAAUAAUAGGAGAAUUUUAUCAUGGAAAUGACAAUGUACAUGAUACGUGUAAUAAAAAUGAUAACGAUCCUCAAGAAACAUUGCAUUUAUGUGUUAAUAAUAAAAUAUCAAACGAGUCAACUUCAAAGUUGAUAAAUAUAAAUAAUGAGAUUAAUAAUAAAAUUACGUUAGAGACAGUGUGGAAAGGUAUCACUUCUCUACAGUCUUCUAUUACUAAUGUUUCCAAUUCUUUAGAGACUGUAUCAGUACAAUUGAAUACUUUUGAUCCACGUAUAAAAGAAUUGGAAACAAAUUUUAAUAAUAUUAAGGCUAAAACAACAAAUUUUGAUAAUAUGGAAAACGAUGUAAAUAGUUUAAAACAACAAGUUGAGAACCUUGUAAAUCAAGUAGAGAAUCUAAAAUCUAAUUAUCAAGAAGAAAAAAAGUUAGAUUUUUCUGAAAUUUUUUGUGAAUUAAGACAGAGAGAAAUAAAAUCCAAAAAUAUUAUCAUCUACAAUGUAGUAGAAGAUAAUUUAAAAAUUUCACAAGACUACUCAACCUUAGAAGACAUUAAUAAAUUUAAUGACUUAAUAACUGCAAGAGAUAAUUCGCGAGCUCGUGAAAUACUUGAAAAUAUUCCCAAUAUUGACUUAGAUGAAUUGCAUACAAAACGUAUAGGAAGAACAGAUUCUAAUACUUGUCGUCCCCUUCGAGUUAUUUUACAGUGCAACAAAGAUGUUGUUACAAUUAUGAAAAAUAGAAAAUUAGUAAAUAGACAGUAUAAUAUCAUGACAGAUCAAACAAAAUUGCAACGAAGAAGAUUAAAGGAACUUAAAGAAGAACUAACAAAAAUAAACCAUGAUAUUGAUAACCCACAAAUGACUAUCAAAUUUAUCAACGGUGAACCAAAACUUAUACCUAUUAGAAGAGACUUUAUAAAAAAUGAAUAAUUAUUUGAGUUACUCUCCUUAAC